UGACUGUGAGUUGGUAUACCAACAGUACCAGUUCAAUUUCAAACAAUCAAAUAGAUAUUCAAACAAUACCACACUUAGUACCACAGCAAUCAUGGCGUUUUCUCCAACAACGAUCGCAACCCAGACGACAUCCGCUCGCGAUCCAAGGGAGCUGUACGAGAUCAAACAGAAAGCUGUGAAAUACUACAAUGACAAUGGUGUACCGAACAAAAUGGAAGAUGUCCUUAACACAAUGUUCUACGACAAUCCGAACGAUGUUUUCGGAUAUUUGGCAAAUUACUUUGAGAAAUUUGCUACAACUUCUACAAUAUCAAAGGUUAAAGCAAGAGAAGCAUAUGAUAGCAAAGGCCAAGCCACUGUACAAACAGAAGUAUUCUGCACUGUAAAGAACAAUUUAAGGCUGAGUGCCACUGUGGUGAGUCCAUCCCCCAACAGUCACUUGCCCGACAACACAAAACCUGAGGACAGAGAAGCUGACGAUACAGAACGACAGAAUAGUGUGACUGCUGCAGUCAACAUUCUCAACACCGACCUAAACAACAGAUUGACCGGUUUGGACCCAGCACAGCAACAGGAGGUGGAUGAUGUGGUCAGCAAGUUUUAUGCAGAGCUUCAGACUGCCGAGGAAGAGAGACUGGCAAAGGAGGCUGAAGCAGCGGCCACAGAGGAAGGGUCAACGAAGGAUGUGGAGACCGCAAGUCAAGCCAGUGGAAGCAAAGGGAAGCAACCCAAGUCAGCAAGCAAAAAGGGAGGUAAAAGCCAGAUGUCAGUUGCUGUGCCGAUGGAGCCUACAGAAAAGUUCCUGCCAGGUGCUAGCGCUGUUAAUGCCAUGAGUCGUGCAGCAUCAGUUGCUGCUGCUCAUAUACAACAGAUACCAGUAUUUCAACAUAUUGCUGGGCUUCGAUUCACGGAGGCGCCUUUUGAAAUGACAAUUCCAUCACCAAUGGUGACAAUUAUACAGAGUGGAAGAGCAGCACUCGGAAAAUCAAAUUGUGUAAAGGAAUUUAUGGUGGUACCUAAACCAGGCAUGCCUCUUUCACAGAGUUUGCCACUAAUACAAAAAAUCUACAACUAUGUUGGAAAAAGUUUAUUUACAAAGUCUGGGGUUGCUGCCAAGUUAACUAAUGAUAUUGGAGCUUUUUGUCCGACAUUUGACCGACCAGAGCAAGGUCUUGAUCUCCUACAAGAAGCAAUUACCCAAUCAGAACUGACCGUCGGUGAAGAUUUCUUUUUAGCAAUCAAUUGUGCAGCAUAUGAAAUCUUUGACUAUGAGAAAGGUAAAUAUGAACUCCUCACAGGUCAGGCAAAGGUCGCUGAUGAUGUUGUAGAAUUCUGGGUAGAGCUGCUAGGGCGGUAUCCUUCUGUCAUCGCUGUCAUUGACCCUCUGAGAAAGCAGGAAAAAGAACACUGGAUGCGGUUGAGUGACCGUAUCAGUGACCAGUGCUUUGUGGUGGGCAGUCACACAUACGCACGGCCAGGAUUACUGAAGGAAGAGGAGUUGACCCCAGACUUUGUGACCAGUGGAAUUGUCCUCAGUCUUGAUCGUCUUAAUACUGUUAGUGAUACUAUCCAGGUGGCCAAAAAACUCCAAGAUGCAGAUAAUCAAGUGAUUAUGUCUUGUUGUUAUGGAGAAACAACAGACACUUUCCUGGCUGAUUUUGCCGUCGGGGUAAAGGCUCGAUUCCUUAAGGUUGGUGCCCCAGCACGGGGGGAGAGGACAGCUCAAAUCAACAGACUGCUACAGAUCGAAGGUAUGCUGGAAAUGUCAGGUAGACUGGCUGCUCAAGGAGAAUUUAAAUUCCCUCACAUUACCCCACCUCCUCUCCCAGAGCCUGAAGAAGGUGAGGAGGAUGUUGCGAAAAAGGAUGUUACACCUCGUAAGAAGUAAGACGCUCUUAACCGGAUUACGGACAGUUCAAAAUAAAGAAAAAAAAGGCAACUGCAUGAACAAUAUCAUUGAAUGUGAAAUAUUGAUGAAAGUCAUGAUAUUAACAUUUGAAAUAUCAUUCUGAGUAAAGUUUUGUAACAAUACAUGUAUUGAAUGAAUGACAAUUCAUUGAUGUUAAGUAAACAUCAAGCUGGUUUCUGCAUAUUCAUUGAAGGAAUAUAAUUAUACAGUCUCUAGUUGUCUGUGAUGUUAAUCCAUGUGAAUAACAUGACUGCUCCUGGGAACAGCUUCUUACAAAUUCUGGAAUUUAUCAUUAUUUAUUUCUCCAGGGUUCAUUGCUUGAAUAUUCAUUGGUUUCCGUCCAUAACACAUAAACUGUGAUACAAAUAGUACUCUUCUGAAAUUUAAUGA